AUGUCCUCGUCUUAUUCUACAAGCGCCAAGAUUUUCUUUGUUAAAAGACUUGACAGAAAACAGAAUUCGGUUUCGCCGUAUGAAGCAGGAAUUCAGAGGGAUGUUGUUCACACCCUAUUGCAGUUUUAUGAUCGUCCACUGAGAUGUUUCGUGUUUCCGGAUUUCUUAUUGGAACCCACUUUAGAGGAAUACUCCGACCUUCUUGACAUUCCAGUGUUGCAUCAGGUUCCGUUCCAUGCUAGUACGAAGGAGCCAGAAGUUGCUCAUAUCGCCGCAGCUUUAUUUUCUCAGGAAUUUGUUAUGAAGGCAAAUAUUCGAGAUAUAGGGGGUGUUAGUGGUUAUCAUAUGGGGUUUCUUAUGCAGGAAGCAAAUGUCAAAGUUGAUAAGAAAGACUGGAAGGCCUUCAACGCCAUUCUCGCCUAUUGUAUCUAUGGUAUUAUGUUGUUCCCAAAUGAGCAGAAGUUUGUGGACAUGAAUGCCAUUUCUAUCUUUAUCCAGAAGAAUAUGGUGCCCACUCUUUUGGGAGACCUUUACCUUCCUUCGCAAGGGGAAUUUGUUGAUACACAGCAUACUAUGAGAUGGUCUAAUCGCUUGAUGGGUCUAACCUCCAAAGAUCUCAGUUGGUACAAGCCAGGCUUGGGAAUAUUGGGGAACAAAGAGAUUAUUGUCAAAUGUGGCGGAUUUCCUAAUGUCCCUCUCUUGGGCAUAAGAGGUGGUGUCAAUUAUAAUUCUACACUUGCUAGAAGGAAGUUGGGGUAUGUGCUGAGGGUACCUCCGACCAAUCGGGAAGUGAUGGAAUCCUUGUCUUAUAAUGUGCCUGAUAGUACUGGGAUGAUGGAGAAAGCUACCAAAGCCUGGGAAAAUGUUCAUCUGGAAGGUAGUAUUUAUUUUGGAAAAAGAGAUGCUGGAAUUUACUCUCCUUAUGUUCAGUGGCUCGCUGAGAGGAACAAGAGCCAACAAUGGCCUUUCCCUUUGGAAGCUCCUUUGUAUGACCAGAGUCCUGAUCAACCUGACGCGGUGCCCAAAGGGUCUUAUGAUCAACUCUAUGCUCAGAAAGUUCAAUUGCAGUCGUAG